AUGCGUGGAGCGAGCACGGGGCAAGAUCCCUCUCCUCAAGCUCCCGAGUCUGCGGGCACGGCGCCCAUGGAUCCCUCGGAGAAUGUGGAGGCCUCUGGUCCAGAAUCGACCCCCGAUCAGAAGGCCUCCGAUGCCGCUGAAGUCCAGCAGUCCUCUCAGCAAGUCUCCUCAUCGGUCGCAUCUGCCUCCAACCCAGAGGCUGAAGGGGCUGACGCGCCGAAGAAGCGUAGUCUGUUGAUCCCAAUUCCGUCGCGCCGGUCCUCAAAGGCAGAUAAACAGGCGUCGGAAAAGGCCGAGGAAACGGCGCAGGAAGCCCCUGCUCGCCGGGGCUCCAAGGUCAGCAUCCUGAAGGUGCAUAGGGAUCGUAGUCGCGCAAGCAGCAGACGGUCGCGACAGGCGCAGGGUGUGGCAAAUGUGGAAAAAUCCCCAGAGUCAGCCACCCCAACCACCCCGGAAUUGAAUGGCCCUCCGCGGUCUCAGAAGAAGAGCAAGUUCUUGUCGUUCCUGAGCUGCUGUUCCUCACCUGGCGUGGAUGGCGAUGAUGAUGCGGUUCCUGCAAAGAAGUCGACCAAGCAAGCGCCUGCUUCCAACCGAUUACCGACCCCCGACAAGGCAGAAGCUCGCACCGGGGACUCAAGCACCGCCGAAUCAAGAGAUCCGUUUUUUGACAACGAAAAAGCGAAUUUGACCGUCAGCGACCAGCCGAAACCAGAAGAACCUACCGCCCAGCUUCCACUUAAUGCGCCGGGUGAAGGAACUUCCACUGGAAUCAGUCAGCCUGAAGAAACCGUCAACGAAUCUGAUGAUGUUCACCCAUCCCACGGACCUGCUUUGACCAACGGUGCCGUCCCCGAACCGAAGGCAGAUACCUCUUCUCCCGAGGAGGACCAGACAACAGAAGAACCCUCAGUUAAGCCCACCACUAGAGAACCGUCCCAUGGUGAAGUCGAAGAUUCUUCGCACCAAGAGGAUGUUGUUCACCAAGCUCCUCAGUCAACCAUCGCAUUACCUCCUCCUCCGCCCCCACCGGUGCCAGAAGUGCCCUCGGCGCCUGAAAGAGAGGACCAGCAGUGGUUACUCCCGCCGCUUGCGCCAAACCUGCAAGGACGGAAAUGUCUUGUGCUGGAUCUUGAUGAAACAUUAGUCCACAGCAGUUUUAAGGUCCUCGAGCGUGCCGAUUUCACCAUUCCUGUCGAGAUCGAAGGUCAAUACCACAACAUCUAUGUCAUCAAACGACCCGGUGUGGAUCAGUUCAUGAAGCGGGUUGGUGAGUUGUAUGAGGUGGUUGUGUUCACUGCAUCGGUUUCCAAGUACGGUGAUCCGUUGCUAGAUCAGCUUGAUAUCCAUAAUGUGAUCCAUCAUCGGUUGUUCCGAGAGAGUUGUUAUAAUCAUCAAGGGAAUUACGUGAAGGAUCUCUCUCAAGUUGGUCGUGACCUCCGCGAAACAAUCAUCAUCGAUAACUCUCCUACUUCGUACAUUUUCCACCCUCAACACGCGAUACCCAUCAGCAGCUGGUUCUCUGACGCACACGACAACGAACUGCUUGACCUUAUUCCUGUUCUCGAGGAUCUUGCUGGAGCUCAAGUCCAAGAUGUCAGCAUGGUCCUGGACAUCACUCUGUGA